AAAACACUCAGAAGAAACCGAAAUUAAUUAUAUGGCAACCCAACACGCCGCUCUUCAUUUCAGUCGUAAUCGAGCAGCGCUUGCGCACGCUAUCUCGGUAAUAAAAUUUUAUUAUUUGAAGAUCAAAGUUCGCUUAAUAACUAAAUUAUCACAAACACAAGUGCAGUGAGUGUCGUUGAUAUUCGUGUGUAGUUAUUGUAAUGUACGUGGUAAUGUGAAAGACGAUUCUAUUGUACUAAUGAUCAUAUACCGAACCGAAAAAUAGGUUUAUAAUUGGUGUAAAAAUAACUGUUAUGAUGGCACUACCUGGCAUGGGAUAAGCAAACAGAAUGUCGCAGAGAGACUUCUCAGAGGUGGAACCAAGUGGCUCCGCGUCCCUCGGAGCGGCGUCAAGAGCCCUCUUCGUGGAGAAGGUCAGGGCUUCGAACGCGGCCUGUCAGGCUGGUGACUUCGCCACCGCAGUAGCUUUGUACACGGAUGCACUGACACUAGAUCCCGCUAAUCACAUACUCUACAGUAAUAGAUCUGCGGCAAGAUUGAAACAGGGCCAGUUUGCGGCUGCCCUCCAAGAUGCCACCAGGGCUCGAGAAUUAUGCCCGAACUGGCCAAAGGCUUACUAUAGACAAGGUGUGGCACUACAAUGCCUCGGGAGACAUGGCGAAGCCCUCGCAGCCUUCAGUUCUGGUCUGGGAGUGGAGCCCUCGUCUCGACAACUCCUGGCCGCGCUUGUGGAGGCAUCACUGAAAUCUCCUCUGCGAGCAACGCUAGAGCCGACUUUCAGGCAGUUGGAGGCUAUGAAACUAGACCAGUCGCCUUUUGUGUUGAUUUCGGUUGUCGGUCAAGAGCUUCUGGCAGCCGGUCACUAUCAGUCUGCCGUGACUGUAUUAGAAGCGGCACUACGUAUAGGAUCAUGCUCCCUAAAACUAAGAGGGUCGGUAUUCAGUGCAUUAUCAUCAGCUCACUGGGCUUUGAGCCAACUGGACGCCGCCAUCAACUACAUGCAGCAAGACCUGGCUGUCGCGAAAUCACUGGGGGACACGGCAGGAGAAUGCCGCGCUCACGGCAAUCUCGGGGCGGCUUACUUUAGCCAAGGCUCCUACAAAGACGCCUUGACAGCACAUAGAUAUCAACUGGUACUGGCCAUGAAAUGCAAGGAUACUCAAGCAGCUGCUGCCGCGUUAACCUCCUUAGGACACGUUUACACAGCAAUCGGUGAUUAUCCAAAUGCUUUGGCGAGUCACAAGCAAUGCGUGCAAUUAGUGAAACAAAUGGGAGAUAGAUUACAAGAGGCGAGGGAGAUUGGAAAUGUUGGAGCUGUGUAUUUAGCUAUGGGCGAAUUCGACUCGGCAGUCGACUGUCAUACGCAGCACUUAAGAUUAGCGAGACGACUUGGUGAUCAGGUUGAAGAGGCAAGAGCGUAUUCAAAUCUUGGAUCUUCCUAUCAUUACAGAAGAAACUUUUCACAGGCCAUUGCCUAUCAUGAGAACGUUUUAAGGAUAGCUCAAAAUCUUGGCGACAGAGCCAUCGAAGCGAGAGCAUAUGCUGGAUUAGGACACGCAGCAAGAUGUGCCGGUGAUUACGGACAAGCAAAGAAAUGGCACGAACGUCAACUAGACGUGGCAUUAGCUGCGAGAGACAAGGUAGGAGAAGGUCGCGCAUGCUCAAAUUUAGGUAUCGUAUACCAGCUACUGGGAGAGCACGACGCUGCCCUUAAACUUCAUCAGGCACAUCUCUCCAUUGCCAGACAAUUACAGGAUAAAGCAGGAAUGGGACGAGCAUACGGUAAUAUUGGAAAUGCUUACUCAGCGGCCGGUUUCUAUGAACAAGCCAUAAAAUACCACAAACAAGAAUUGACGAUAUCCAAAGAAGUACAUGACAGAAGUUCCGAAGCAUCAACGCAUGGAAAUUUGGCUGUCGCAUAUCAAGCUUUAGGUGCUCAUGAUAUGGCUUUGUUUCAUUACAGAGCACAUUUAGGAAUCGCAAGAGAACUCAAAGACACAGCAGGAGAAGCAUGUGCCCUUCUAAAUCUCGGAAAUUGCCUCUCAUCCAGAGGGGAAUUCGCUCAAGCCGUUCCAUAUUAUGAACAACAUUUAAUGCUAUCACAAGAACUAGGUGACGUGACAGCCGAGGCUAAAGCCUGUCACUUCUUGGGUUAUGCACAUUAUUGUUUGGGAAAUUAUAGAGAAGCGGUCAGAUACUACGAUCAGGACUUGUCAUUAGCCAAAGAUCUCCAAGAUAAAAUGAAUAUGGGCAGAGCGUAUUGCAAUCUUGGACUCGCCCAUCUUGCUUUGGGAAAUUUAGAAACUGCUUUAGAAUGUCAAAAAUACUUUCUCGCAAUAGCACACAUGACACAGCAUCUACAAGGCAAAUUCAGGGCCUUGGGCAAUAUAGGAGAUGUACUGAUUAAAAUGGGUGACGUAGAAGAAGCUGUAAAAAUGUAUCAAAGACAACUGGGAUUCGCUAGACAGGCCCGUGAUAGAUCAUUGGAAGCUGCGGCUUGUGGUGCUUUAGGUCUUGCAAGAAGACUCCAGAGAAGACUGGAUGCUGCCUUAGGACAUCAUACUCAAGAAUUGACACUUCGCCAAGAAGCAGGGGACGCUGCUGGAGAAGCCCGAGCUCACUCUCAUCUUGGAGCUGUCCAUAUGGCUUUGGGGCAUUAUUCACAUGCUGCUAGAUGCUACCGUGAGCAGUUAGAGAGGGCUCAAGAACUACAAGAUUGUGCAUUAGAAGCUCAGGCGUACGGAAAUUUGGGUAUCGCCAAACUAAAUAUGGGACACUACGAAGACGCUAUUGGCUAUUUGGAACAGCAACUUGCCAUUUUGGAGCGCGUUAACACCCCAACCUGCCAAUUAGACAAAGCAAGGGCUUUAGGAUCCCUUGGAGAUUGUUACGAUGCGUUAGGCGAUCCUGAAGAAGCAACAAAAUAUCACGAGCAACACUUAGCUUCUGCAUUGAAGUUGAAUAACUCGAGGGAGCAAGAACGAGCCUAUCGAGGCUUAGGACUUAGCCAAAAAUCUGUGGGCAACUUACAACAGGCCUUAGUAUGCCUUGAAAAAAGGCUUGUUGUGUCCCAUGAACUCGGAGCUCCUGAAGCAAAGGCCCAAGCUUAUGGAGAACUUGGUGCUUUACAUAUUGCCCUUAACAAUUUAGAACAAGCUGUGCUGUGUUUGGAUCAUCAAAAAAAUAUUGCCAAGGAAUUGAACAAUCACAUAAUGGAGGCUGAAGCCUGUCACUCACUUGGCGUAGCUCAACAUGCACUCGGAGACCAUGCAGCUGCCAUAAGACAUCAUCGGGCUGAACUUGAGUUGGCUCAUCGACUAGGACUUACACAUCUACAAGCUCGUGCAACUGGAGGCUUAGGGGCGGCCCAUGCUUCAAUGGGUGCUCACGCAGAAGCAGCAAGGUGGCAUGAAUCAAGACUCCGUCACGCUACUGCUGCAGGCGACACCCGGGGUCGCGCUCAAGCACUAGCUGAUCUCGGCAGAGCGCACCUCGCGAUGGGAGCCUGUGGCAGCGCCGUAUCGUAUCUCCGACAGGCGCUGGCGGCUACUGAAGGACUCACGGAUGUUGACGAAGAGGCUAGAGUACGGCAUAGACUCGGUUUCGCACUUUGGGCGUCGGGUGAGCUAGAAGAAGCAAAGGAACAGUUGCAGGCCGCUCUAAACGUUUUAGAGUUUGGUAACGAAAAGCACAGGGAUAGGAAAGUGGCCGCCCUGUACACUUCCACACAGCAUGCCCUACAGAGGAUAUUAGUUGAGCUGGGCCGUCACCCCGAAGCCCUUGUGGUGGCUGAAAGAGGACGUUGCCGUUCCCUGGACACUGUACCCGAGAAGCAGUCGGGAACCCUCAACCAGAUGAACUUAGAGCUUCAUACUGCUCAAAGGAACAACGAGGAAUCGAGUAAAGAGCGUCCUGAACCUUGGAGUCCAUCUAACGUCGAACAAAUAUUAGAAGUAGUUAAUAAACAAAAAGCACCAGUUCUAUACUACAGUCUCGCUGCUGGACGGCUCUAUGCAUGGCUGAUGCAGCCACAUAAAGGAAUUCUGAGGUUCCAUCAAAUUUCACUGCUAGAAGAAGCUGAAGAUAAUGAUAACAGCUUGCCAGACAUCAGUCCAGACGAUUUACAAUUGAGCAACGGAGGCCUGGGCAAACUCGAGCGGUAUAUCAGCGAAUGGUCCAACUGGCUAAAGACAGCCGAACGCAGAAGCGAUGAGGACCAGUGGGAUCCAGACGAAAGACCCACUGGACUUACACGAAUGAUGACUCGGAAUCACCUGUUGAACUCUUCUAACUAUUCGCUGAGCUCGUUGUUCAGCGUCGGUUCCGUCGGCGGUUCGGUGGCGGGCUCCGUUGCCAGUCUACAAGGCUCUACCAGGUCAAGUGUACACGGGCCGCGCAGAAAACAGCCGUCCUGGCAGGGACCUCCCUGUCUUAGCUCCUUGUACCAAAUGCUUCUGGCUCCAUUCGAAGACCUGUUACCCGCUUCCUGCAACAACAGCCAUGCUUCACACGGGCGCCGCGGCUGCGGGGGCCGACGGGAGAUCGUGGUGGUAGUGGAGGGAGCCCUGUACGCGUGUCCGUGGGGGGCGCUGCGCAGUACGUCGGACACCGAGCCCCUGUGCGAGCGUUACGCCCUACUUGCUGCACCCGCACUCCGGCCGCUGCGCCACCAGCGACAUCUACGGGCCAGACCCCAAAACGAACAAGGUGGUUCUGGUAACAAUAAUGCGGACACGGGCAUGCGUUGCCUCGUGGUGGGAGCCCCGCGGGUGGGCGGCGCGCGGUGGUCUCCGGCCAACACACAACUCAAGGAGGCCGAGCUUGUCGCGGACAUGCUCCGGGUCACACCACUCACUGAUUAUCAGGCCUCAAAAGAAGCCGUUCUAGCACAGCUACCUCAAGCGGAAUGCGUCCACUUCGCGACACACAUUUGCUGGAAGUCACCUGCUAUUGUCCUGAGCCCCGGAGAAGUGGUCGACUCUCAAGCCAAGCGUCUUUUAAACACAAGUGUUGGUAGUGGACUUGCUGAAACCACCGAAAACGAAGAAGAAAGUACAGAGCUUUCCCCGAGCAAUGAAGAAUUGCCCCCGGCGUCAGAAUUCAUGCUGACGGCUGCAGAAAUUAUAAACUUAAAGAUCACAGCCAGAUUGGUUAUUAUUUCGUGUGCUCCAUCAAGCGCUGCCCUUCAAGGUUCCACCGCUGAGGAGUCUGAAGACAUUGCGCAAGCAGGUGAAGGUAUCUCGAGACUAAUGAGGGCCUUCUUGACUGCUGGAGCUCAAGCCAUUCUACUUACUCUAUGGCCUUCUCCCCAAGAUACAGCCACCAAGAUAUUGUAUAGAGCUCUUUAUUCUGCUCUAUUACAAGGAAGCAGGGUUGCCAAAGCUUUAGGUGACGCGAUGCAAACCGUGCGUCACACGAAGCACUUCGCUCACCCCGCGCACUGGGCCGGCCUCAUGCUGCUCGGGGCUAACGUCCGCCUCAGCAACAAGGUAGCGCUCAUGGGACAAGCCCUAUGCGAACUAAUGGCCACUCCAGAUCGAUGCCGUGAUGCCUUACGAGUAUGUCUGCAUUUGGUGGAAAAGUCCCUUCAGAGGAUCGUGAGAGGACAGAAGAACGCAAUGUAUACAACACAGAAAAGCAUUGAGAACAAGGCCGGCAAUGCUACCGGUUGGAAGGAACUACUCAUGAGCGUUGGAUUCAGAUUCGAGCCGGCUGCUAAUGGUAUUCCAUCAAGUGUGUUUUUCCCACAAAGCGAUCCUGAGGAACGACUGACCCAAUGCUCGGCCAGUCUACAGGCUUUAUUGGGUCUAACAUCGACUACUCUUCAAGCCUUGUCGAAGCUUAUCUCGAACGGAGAUGUGGCUGAUGACAUCAUAGGACUAGUCCGGUCCGUCAUAUCACAGUUUUCGGUGAAAAACUCCGAGAAUGAGACCAUCGAAGUAGCUGUGAAUGUUAGGUUAUGGCGUGUGAACGGUUGUCAUGAACUAUUGGCGUCCCUCGGCUUCGACCUGGCCGAAGUAGGACAAGACGAGGUAACCCUGCGCACUGGUAAAGCUGCAAACAGACGACACAUACAAUUUGUACUACAGGCUCUUCUUGCGUUGUUCGAUACACAAGAAGCACCACGCAGCCUCAGCCUCGAGUCGAGUUCGAGCGUAGAAUCAUUGGCUUCGAUUGACGACGGCGACCUCGAACCACACUCUGACGGAGAGCCCCCACCAAGGCAACAUAGACAAGAGAGUGCGUCUUCCGUACCGCCUCCGCCGUUACCGAUUGGAUCCUGCGGUGGUGCCUUUACUAUGUAUGUACGAGGGUCGACCACGGAGGUGGGUCGAGGAGAGCCGGAUGGUAGGACUGCGCCGCCCCCCGCUCCCGCCCCCGGUCCCAACUCCGCUUCUACAGCCUCCACUGUCCCCCCUCCGCCCCCCGGACCCCCGGCACCACGCUACCGCGGGGAAAGUGACGCCGCGUUCACACCCUCGCCCCCCGCAGCCCCACCGCCCUCCGCCGCACCUCCUCGCGACGUCUCCCUCGCACUCGCACACCAAACUAAAAUCCGCACCUUGUACACCAGAAGACCGCCUUCCGAUGACUCUGACUGGGAAAACUCCGGUCACGAUACCGUACUAAGAAGACGACCUGAACACGCCCAUACAAGGUACUUGGAUGCCUUCUAUGAGCUUGCCACGGCGCAACCGAGGAGGUCGGAGGAGGAUAAGGGUGACCAACUGAAUCAACCGUCCACUUCAAAACGAGCUCCCAGACCCAAAAUGGGAACGAACAGUCGCGAUUCUAUGGCACACGUGCGACACAUGAGCGGAGAACUCACGCCCACCAUAUCAGAAGUUUAUCACGAAAGAAACAUCGGGCUUGGCCUCGCGCCCCCUCUAGCUGAGCUCCUUCUUGCCGAAGAAUCGAAAACAGAAAUGAGGACGGCAAGUUCCAGUGAAAACCUACUACUGCAAAACUUGGAGAAGCUAGGACUCUUAGGAGACACAAGUGAAACAGACGAGAGAUGGUGCAGCAACAGCACCUCUAGGCCGUGGCUGUCGGCGCCUCCCUUAGAAACCGACGUACAGGGUUCUAACUUAACCACAGCCGACUUAAUUGAACGUCAAACAAAAUUCAAGAAAGAUGUUAAUAUCAAAAGAAAAGAAGAAAACCAAUACGAAUUGAAGUCUAAAGAUGAAAUGCCCGGACCGAGUGGAAUAGAGAAACGUUCUGUGUCUCCAUUCUCGGAACUGUCUAGAAGAGAUGAAGGGGACGGCAGAAGCAUUGCAGAUUCGCACUCAUCCUACAAAGCUUUGGUCUUAAGUCCCAGAGCCCCGUAUUUGCCUGAAGAAGGCGAAACUAGUUUGAGUACGAAUAUGGAAGGAGGGAAGACCCAUCCCAGGCCUCGAAGGUCAGCCGUGUCUAGAGCUAGACCUGCUUAUACCACUUUAGAUUUUCCAUCAACUAAAUGAGAACAAACUAUUAAAAGGCAAAAAUAAAAUAUACACUCGCAGCUCGUGCAUUCCGAGUUUUUCUAUUAAAUAUUCGUAAUUUAUUUAGAUUAAUUAUUCAUUAUCAUUAGAAAAAGGCUAUGAUUACUACGUCACAUCGCAAAUUGACAUGACGAGGAACGUAAGUAUUGUUUUAGUAACGAAAUAAAUGUAUUUUUGUAUGAUGUUAAUUUGUAUUUAUUAUUCGUUUGUAUAAAUAAUUAACUAAAAUAUUAUUUGAAUUACAUCAAUUUGAUAUUAAUUUAAUGACGUUUGAUGUUCAUUAAUUUUAUAUACUCGUAGUAUUAAUAUUCCAUUAAUAAUAGGUAUUUAAAUCACUCAAAUGCUUGCCAAUCUGUACCUCUUUUACUUCAAUAUUCCUAGUUAUAUUGUCAAGUGUAAAAAGUUAAUGUAAUGUACUGUAAAAUAAAUUUCAGUAAUAAAAUUAA